UCCUGUCCGGUUCAAGUUAGGAAAAAUGUCCUGGCGAGUGGCGCGUUUCCGUUAGUAGUACGAAGCUCCUGUUGGUAUCAACAGCAAUACCAUCAAGCCGCGGCGCAACAUCCCGCUUUCCGCCUUUCACCGACUUUGUGUGUUAUCAGUUCGGCUCACCCAGUCAGUGGUGAAUAGAAAGAGAUCCUUUUCGGGGAGUGGGUGAAGCAGUUGUUGUAUGUGCACCGUCAAUACAUAGUUGCUCCUACAUGUGCUCCAAGGGAUCAUCAGGCUUGCAAAGUACAUAACAGUGACUACAACGAGGACAACGCAGCAAGAGCACCGUACAACGAUGCCUGGGAGGCAAAAAAUGGAUACUUGAUAUGGUCCAGGCUCCCGCUGUGGAUAUUCGGUGCUGGUGCAAUUGAAAGCGAGCCCCAAGCGGCCAAACGAGUGCGAGUGCAAAAAAACGAAAGAUGGAAAAUUGAUUUUCUUAUCAGUCAGUCAGUAACGCGGUUCCCGGCAGAGUGGGCACGGUAGCGGGCGGUGUGGGUGCGCGGGUGUGUGAAAGACCAGGACCGAGUGGAGCCAUGUACGACGACUACGCGGGCCCAGAAUCGAUCGAUCCUCGGUUCAGCCUGGCUUGACGUUUGGUGCGUGUCGACAGCGGCUGCCUCCAUAGGAACGAACGAACGGAAGAGACGAGAAAAACGCAACAUAAGCAAAUUUGAGCCACGGCUGGUUGAUGGGUGACCCGCGCGAAUCCUCCUGCAACAAGUACCUCCGGGCUUCAACGCGAAUAUGAUGGAGGAAUGAAGAAAAUCGAUUUCGAUUAGUGUGGUGUUACCGCCUUUCAGCUCUUAGCCUAGGAAGUGCAAUUUCGCGAUUUGUUUGUGGCCCAGCAAAGUUUUGACCGUGAAGUGGGAAUCGGUGGAGUUACACCCGUUUUUUGACGUCAGGAAAGUUUCGUGGGAAUAUUGGUGUCGUAUGCAAUAGCUGCUCCGGUCCUUAUCAAUCAAUAAUGUUGAAUGUAUAGUGAGCCUAAUAUUUGAAAAUAACCGAGCGGCCUGGAGCAUUUACAUCGCUGUCGCCACCUAAAAAAGGGCGACUAGAGUGACACAAUCCCAUUAGUUGAACUUCACGGUAUGCUCGCCCUGCUAUAGAUGAUAUGUGAAGGGAUAGACUCGACCCGACAAACAAAUCAGUGACGGUGGUGAAGAAUCCGUGUGGGUCCGUUAUGGGUGGAAAGUGAUUAGCAUAUCUCAAGUGUUGUUUCGUUGAUACGCCGCGCCGCCACACGUCGUCGUCGUCGUCGUCAGGAAAAUGACCGUCAACCAAGGAAUGUGUGUUCGUGCUCUGGCGUUGACGGGAAUACAGCAAACAUAUCUCCAGUAGCUGGUGGAAGAGUGUAAAGUGCAACCGAAGAAAGAACCAAAAUCGAUAAAGGAUAUAUAAAUAGCUUUGUGUCGGUGGUGGUGAAAAAUGGCCGAGGGCGGAAAUCACAAGGAAAGAUAGGUCCUCGAAAAGCAACAUAUUCAACGGUUUUCAUGCCACCAAAUGCAGUGCGACGAAAUGGUGCUCGCAUUGACUGCGACCAGUGGGGCGAUAAAAAUAGUUACAAAUAGCUGAAUUGGCUUUUGUGGUCUAAAAAUAGAGUCAAUCAUGGAUUGCUGUAGCAGUAAUUACAUGGAUUUCAGACAUUCUAUGAAUAAUAACUUUUGCUAUCCGUACUCGCCCAGCAUGAUAAGAAGUGCGUCGCCAUAUCCACUCCCCCCAGGGAGUGGUAGCCGCUACGGAUCCGAUUACCGCGGUGGCUAUUACGAGGCCAGCAGCUUCGAUAAAUAUUAUGGCGGUUAUCUUCCUCCAUCCGGGUCUGGCCCUGCGUACGCUGGAAACUAUUACGGAAGCUCGUAUUCGUCCUACCGAGAGCUGGCCUACAACGAAUACUACCAUCCAUCGUCACCGUCUUCGCAUCCUUUUCCUGGGCCUGUGCCCGGAAGCUUCCAUGGACCACACAUGUUCAAUCGACAUCAAUCGCUUCCGCUUCCGUUUCAGCGAGAAUCCUAUUAUCAUCAGAGAGAUCACCAUCCAUAUGCUGCAGAGAACUUCAGUAAUUUCUCCAGUAAUCCUUACAAAAGAGCAGAUUCUAACCAUGCCAGCAGCGGCAGUACAACAAACUCAAGUACGGGCAAUAUCACGACGGUAAACGGCAGUUGCAGCAGUCCCAGCAGCAGCAGCACUGCUGGAGAAACCCCGUUGUACGGCUACACGCAUAGCCCAGAUUAUUCGGCACAAUCCUAUAAUUCCGGCAGUAGCCCAAAUCAUCCCCAUCACCAUCGGCAUCAUCCGCUCCCACACCCUAGUCCCGGCGAAGGUGGUGGAAGCAGCUAUACCCCAUCCACAAUGCCAAAUGCAACAGGAUAUCCUCACAGCAUAAAGGACGCAAGAAUACGGAAACUGAAGGAGCGCAAACUGGCGAAGUCGGCGUCCCACGGCAAUGGGAGUCCCAAACGUGGCCAAAACACCAACAGUACCAGCAGCAGCCCCAAUCCUGGGAGCUGUGGGAGCAACAGCAGCGGCACCGAUGCACGACUGAAAUCACUGGAUGCACUCGCUAGUGAUAACUAUGAGCACGACCCCGCCAACAACUCCCCGAGCAGCCGGCACACGUCUCCCGGCCGCAGUGCGGGGCCAAGUAAUUCACCGGCCGGUGCUGCGGCGGCGGUAUCCGGUGUGAGUCCACCGAAGCGAUCGAAAAAACAAACGACGAAACACCGGGCAGCGGCCACGGAACUCGACAAACUGCAAACGGCUCCACCAAUCAAAUCCGGUGACCCUGGUAACAGCAACGCGUCAUCGACACCUGCCGCGGGCACCAUCGAUCGGAACGUUACGCCGCUACCCGGCUUCCAGCAAGCAUUCGGGUCCACGGAAAUUGGCAAAUUUUCCGAAGCUUUCUUCAACAGCAACAGUCCCGACCCAAAUGAACUCCAUCCUGAAGGAUCGCUACCGGCCGGCCACCAUCAUCACCAUCCACACCCACAUCAUUCGCACCACGGCCAUCCACCGCACCCUCUAAGGAUGAUGGAUUCGCCUGACGUAGAGAACACGUUGAGUCCUCAAUCGUGGGAACCGACGGGACCGGGUGAUCCAUACGAGACCACAUCGACGACGACAACGGCGUUCAACCUGCAAAUUGGCACAAGCUUCCAUCCAUCGUACUACGAAUCGCCGUCCUAUGCGUCGUCGGACCAUGCGGUGGAUUCCCCAUUGGGGAACUACUUUAGCGAAAUGACGCAGUGA